GUAAACGCAGCAGUUGCACUGUUUGACAACGGACAGAAACCUUCAGAUCCGCAGUUUCCUUUGGCUUCUGGUGCCACAACAGUACAGGAAGUCUUCAGUGGAAAUGGAAUCAUCGUCAUCACGGAUGUGGAAACUCCGUACCCACCAAGUCGAUAUGACGUAGACUACUAUGGAUACGGCUACUAUGAUCCUGACAAUUAUGACUAUAACUACUAUGGGCGAUACAACUACUACAAUUCCUAUGGGUAUGCGUAUGAUGUACAGCUGCAAACUGUAGAACGUGUGAGACAUAUUUUCCCAGAGGUCUGGAUCUUCGAAGACGCUUUGGUCUGUGAGAAUGGUACAGCAAGUUUCAAAGCUACAGUACCAGAUACAAUCACUUCAUGGAUUGCCAAUGCCUUUGCCACCCACCCGACCGUUGGUCUUGGAGUGGCACUCAAUACGGCUUCU